CAACAUGAAACAUGGUUGAAUCCAUGGAUACGGGAAGGAAGUAAAUGGGAGUCAUUGCUUCUGUAGUUUUUUAUUUUUGCUUUUUAUACUUUUCCCAUUAAUCCCUCCCCUUAAAAAUGUGCUCUAACUCACCUUUAAUUUGAGGCAUUGGCCGUACCUGUGGCAUAGGUUUAUAGGGGGAGGGUGUAACAUAGUUAGACAAUUAAGAAAAAAAAAAAAGAAACACCUGCUGCGAAGAGGAAAGGUCGGAAGUAGCUAGCUCGCUAGGCUACUAAAACGACACGGUGAAAUUGGCCGGGCUUCUUAACUCGGGAGUUGCUACCUACAUAUGGAAAAUGGCGACUGGACAACCAUUUCUUUAGAGAGAACACACUUUAUGGAAAUAUCGAUAUAAACAUUUUUUCUUGAACAAAACGAACGGAGGGGUUGUGACUUGAUGUUACAGUAUUUGUGGUGAGGCGGAGAGGGCUUGUGAGGUGGGACAAGAUGUCAGUGAACGAGCUCUACACUAAGUACACCAGGGUGUGGAUCCCGGAUCCAGAGGAGGUGUGGAAAGCUGCAGAGAUCAUCAAAGACUAUAAGGAGGGAGACCCCAUCCUGCACCUCAAGCUUGAGGAUGAAUCGACGCUGGAGUACCCUAUUGGGCCCAAACACAACCAGCUCCCCUUCCUGCGAAACCCUGAUAUCCUGGUAGGAGAGAAUGACCUCACUGCGCUCAGCUACCUUCAUGAGCCGGCUGUGCUGCACAACCUCCGGGUCCGCUUCCUGGAGUCCAACCAUAUCUACACCUACUGUGGCAUUGUGCUGGUGGCCAUCAACCCCUAUGAGCAGCUGCAGAUCUAUGGAGAAGAAGUCAUCAAUGCCUACAGUGGGCAGAACAUGGGGGACAUGGAUCCUCAUAUUUUUGCUGUGGCUGAGGAGGCCUACAAGCAGAUGGCCAGAGAUGAGAAGAACCAGUCAAUCAUCGUAAGUGGAGAGUCGGGGGCAGGGAAGACGGUCUCUGCAAAAUAUGCUAUGCGCUACUUUGCCACAGUUGGGGGAUCAGCUAAUGACACUAACGUGGAGGAGAAGGUGCUGGCCUCCAGCCCUAUCAUGGAGGCCAUUGGGAAUGCCAAGACCACCCGCAAUGACAAUAGCAGUCGCUUUGGGAAGUACAUUCAGAUCGGGUUUGACCGGCGAUACCACAUUAUUGGGGCUAAUAUGAGGACAUACCUGCUGGAAAAGUCCAGAGUUGUCUUUCAGGCUGAGGAUGAGAGGAACUACCACAUCUUCUACCAGCUGUGUGCCUCCGCCAGCCUCCCAGAGUUCAAAGACAUGGCUCUGACCAGUGCAGAGGACUUCACCUAUACAUCUUUGGGUGAGAAUAUCUUCAUCGUCGGGGUGAACGAUGCUGAGGACUUUGAGAAGACAAGGCAGGCCUUCACUCUGCUAGGUGUAAAGGACAACCACCAGUUCAGCAUCUACAAAAUCAUCGCCUCCAUCCUGCACUUGGGGAAUGUUGAGAUUCGCUCUGAGAGGGAUGGAGAGUCCUGUCACAUCUCUCGGGACGACCCUCACCUACACCACUUCUGCCGGCUGCUCGGCGUGGAGCUGGAGCAGAUGGAGCACUGGUUGUGCCACAGGAAGCUGGUCACCUCAGCUGAGACCUACGUGAAGAGCAUGUCCCGCUCACAGGCGUCCAAUGCCCGCGAUGCCCUGGCCAAGCACAUCUACGCCCACUUGUUCGACUGGAUCGUGGAGCACAUCAACAAGGCCCUGCACACCUCCACCAAACAGCACUCCUUCAUUGGCGUUCUCGACAUUUAUGGGUUCGAAACUUUCGAGCUCAACAGCUUUGAACAGUUCUGCAUCAACUACGCCAACGAGAAGCUUCAGCAGCAGUUCAACUCGCAUGUGUUCAAGCUGGAGCAGGAGGAGUAUAUGAAAGAGCAGAUCCCCUGGACUCUCAUUGAUUUCUAUGACAACCAACCUUGCAUCGACCUCAUCGAGGCCAGACUGGGAAUCUUGGACCUGCUGGAUGAAGAGUGCAAGGUGCCAAAAGGAACAGAUCAGAACUGGGCCCAGAAGCUUUAUGAUCACCAUUCAAACAGCCAGCACUUCCAGAAACCCAGGAUGUCCAACACAUCGUUCAUAGUGAUCCACUUUGCUGACAAGGUGGAGUAUCAGUGCGAUGGCUUCCUGGAGAAGAACAGAGACACUGUUUACGAGGAGCAGAUUAACAUCCUAAAGGCCAGUAAGUUCCAGCUGGUUGCAGAUCUCUUCCAGGAGGGGAAAGAGGCCCCUGUCCCCACGACCACCAGCAAGGGCUCCAGGAUCAAUGUGCGACCUGCCAAGCCUACCCCCAAAGCCCCCAACCGUGAGCACAGGAAGACCGUGGGCCACCAGUUCCGCAGCUCCCUGCAGCUGCUGAUGGAGACUCUGAAUGCUACCACCCCUCACUAUGUGCGCUGCAUCAAACCCAAUGACGAAAAAGAAGCCUUCUCGUUUGAUUCCAGGAGGGCUGUACAACAACUACGCGCAUGUGGAGUACUAGAGACAAUCCGCAUCAGUGCGGCUGGAUACCCAUCCAGGUGGACAUACCCAGACUUCUUCAGCAGAUACCGCGUCCUGAUGAAGAAGAAGGACAUGGCCAAUGCUGACAAGAAGGUUGUCUGUAGAAACCUGCUAGAGACUUUGAUCAAGGACCCAGACAAGUUCCAGUUUGGGAAAACCAAGAUCUUCUUCCGUGCAGGCCAAGUGGCAUAUCUGGAGAAGCUGCGUGCUGACAAGUUCCGUUCUGCUUGCAUCAAAAUUCAAAAGACAGUGCGAGGCUGGCUGCAGAGGGUCCGGUACCGCAAGAUCCGCAAGUCCGCCAUCACCCUGCAGAGAUACGGGCGGGGUUACUUGGCUCGCAGAUUGGCGGAGCAGCUCCGUCUCACUCGUGCUGCCAUCAUAUGUCAGAAGCAGUACCGCAUGGUCAGAGAUCGUAAGGCCUAUCUAAGGGUCCGGCAGGCUGUGGUAACAAUCCAGGCCUUCACUCGGGGCAUGUACACACGCAGGAUAUACCAGGAGUUCCUGCUCCAUCACAAGGCCAUGAUCAUCCAGAAGACAGUCCGGGGCUGGAUGGAGCGCAAGAAGUUCCGACGGGCCCGAAAUGCAGCCAUUGUGAUCCAGUGCGCGUAUCGGCGUCUGCAGGCCAAACGGCAGCUCAAGCAGCUGAAGAUCGAGGCACGGUCUGCCGAGCACCUGAAGAAACUGAACAUUGGCAUGGAGAACAAGAUCGUCCAACUGCAGAGAAAGAUGGAUGAUCAGAACAAGGAGUAUAAGAGUCAGAAUGAGCAGCUGUCAGCUGCCAACACCACUUUAGGCGCAGAGGUGAACAAGCUGCAGAAAGAGCUCGAUCAGCUUCGCAGUCGCCAGGGCGACGGCAGUCAGCUGAACUCCCUGCAGGAGGAGCUGGAGAGGCUAAGGGUGGAGCUGCAGGAGGCACACACCCUGAGAAAGAGGCUUGAAGAGGAGCACAGCAAUGAGAAGGAGGACCUGGAGCAGAGGGUUGAGGAGCUGGAGAAAGAGAACUCUUUGCUGAAAGAGGAGAAGGAGGAGAUGAACCAGAGGAUCCUCAACCAGUCAAGAAGCACGGAAGACCAAGAGAGCAGUGAAAAGGAGGCACAUCUGCAGGUGGAGCUUGACGAGGAGAGACAACGCUACCAGAACCUGGUGAAGGAGUUCUCCAGACUGGAGCAGAGAUAUGACAACUUGCAGGAGGAGGUUUCCCUGGCCAAGUUCCAGCCUGGCCACAGGAGAAACCCCUCAAACCAGAGCAGCCUGGAGUCGGACUCCAACUACCCCUCCAUCUCCACAUCUGAGGUCGGCGACACUGAGGACUCCAUCCAGCAAGUGGAGGAGAUGGGUCUGGAGAAGGCAGCGAUGGACAUUAGUUUGUUCAUGAAGUUGCAGAAGCGUGUUAGGGAGCUGGAACAGGAGCGGAGGAGGCUGCAGACCAAUUUGGACAAGAUGGAGGAACUGGUCAAGCGCAAGGGUGCUGAGAACAAAGGUUCCACGUCGGAGCAGGACUACAGUGCAGACUCUGCCUACAACAGUCUCAAGAGGCAAGAGCUGGAGUCUGAGAACAAGAAGCUCAAGAAUGACCUGAAUGAGCUGAGGAAAGCGGUGGCAGACCAUGCCUCUCAGAGCAGCACCAAUGAGCUACAGGAUAGUUACAACUUGCUGCUCAACCAGCUCAAGGCAGCCAAUGAGGAGCUGGAAGUGCGUAAGGAGGAGGUCCUGAUCCUUCGGACCCAGAUUGUCAGCUCAGCCCAGCAGAAGGAUACGGACAAUCACAUUGAGACCAAUAGUGUACCAGAGUGGACCAACAGCAACAAGCACAUGGACAAGGAUGAGGCCCUGCAGGCAUACCAUGGAGUGUGCGAAUCUAAGAACAGGGCACAGGACUGGGGUUAUUUAAAUGAAGAUGGAGAGCUCGGGCUGGCUUACCAGGGGUUAAAGCAAGUUGCCAGGCUGUUAGAGGCACAGUUGCAGUCGCAGUCCCGACAGCACGAGGAUGAGCUGGAGGCCUUGCGGACGCAGAUUGAGCUCCUAAAGGACGACAUUGAGAGGAAGCAGGAAUUGCUCAACCACACGCUGGCACUCUCCCCUGAUGCCCAGGUGGAGUUCAGCAUCCAGCAGGAGAUCACACGGCUCACCAACGAGAAUCUGGACCUGAAAGAGCUGGUGGAGAAGCUGGAGAAGAAUGAGAAGAAACUGAAGAAGCAGCUAAGGAUCUACAUGAAGAAAGUGCAGGAACUAGAAGUGUCCCAGGCGGCAGCAGUGCAGCCAACCAGGGCUCGACCUGAGCUGAGUCGCCAGGUGACUGUCCAGCGCAAGGAGAAGGACUUUGAGGGAAUGCUGGAAUACUGCAAGGAGGACGAAGCUCUGCUGGUCAAGACCCUCAUCACAGACAUGAAACCCCACACUGUGUCAGCGACGGUGCCCUGCCUUCCAGCCUACAUCUUGUUCAUGUGCAUCCGUCAUGCAGAUUACAUCAAUGACGACCAGAAGGUGCACUCACUGCUCACCUCUACAAUCAACUCCAUCAAGAAAGUCCUCAAGAAAAAUAAUGACGACUUUGAAAUGACCUCCUUCUGGCUGGCCAACACCAGUAGACUCCUGCACUGUUUGAAACAGUACAGUGGGGAUGAGGCUUUCAUGACUCAAAACACUCCUAAGCAGAACGAACACUGUUUGAAGAACUUUGACCUGGCAGAGUAUCGUCAGGUGCUGAGUGACCUUUCCAUCCAGAUUUACCAGCAGCUCAUCAAGGUGGCAGAGGGUAUUAUGCAGCCCAUGAUUGUGUCAGCCAUGUUAGAGAGUGAGAGCAUCCCCAGCCUGGCAGGGGUGAAGCCCAUGGGAUACCGCAACCGCUCCUCCAGCAUGGACUGUGAAGGGGGCGGACCGGGUGGCUACACCCUGGAGGCGCUGAUCCGGCAGCUUGGCCAGUUCCACACCAUCAUGGGUGGGCAUGGACUGGACCCAGAGAUAGCUCAGCAGGUGUUCCGCCAGCUCUUCUACUCCAUCAACGCCGUCACCCUUAAUAACCUGUUGCUGCGCAAAGACGUCUGCUCCUGGAGCGCCGGCAUGCAGCUGAGAUUCAACAUCAGCCAGAUGGAGGAGUGGCUGCGUGGGAAGAACCUGCACCAGAGUGGGGCUGUGGCCACCAUGGAGCCCCUGAUCCAGGCAGCGCAACUUCUGCAGGUCAAGAAGAAGACAUCUCAGGACGCCGAGGCCAUCUGCUCCCUCUGCACGGCUCUCACCACGCAACAGAUUGUGAAAAUCCUCAACCUGUACACUCCACUAAAUGAGUUUGAGGAGAGAGUCACAGUGGCCUUCAUCCGAAAUAUCCAGAGUCGACUGCAAGACCGGAAUGACACACCACAGCUCCUGGUGGACACCAAGCACACCUUCCCAGUCCUGUUCCCAUACACACCCUCGGCUAUGAGCCUGGAGACCCUGCAUAUCCCUGCCUGCCUCAAUCUGGACUUCCUCACCAGAGUCUGAGGCCCCUGCCUCGGUCUGCCUGAGCGAGGCCAUGGUCUGAGUCUGGUGGUGUAAAACCCAGCAGCAUCACAGCUCCCAAGGCCCUGUCUGUCUGCCACCUUUUCCUAGCUGCAGCAGGCCUUGGGCUCAUUGACUUAAACUGGAAAGGAAUACUCUCUUCCAUGACUUAUUAUAGAGUGGCUACACUUAAGGAUCUGUCUGUCUGAACUGAGAACUAUGCAGGAUCCCUGUCUCCUAUUUGUAAACCCCUUUCUUCUUUGAGCCCCCCUUGGCCUCUGAAGUGAGUUGACCAGGUAUAACGGAUCUAGAACAUAGAACUAUAACAUCUACAAUAUCUUCCCCCAGAUUUGUGCAGGAAUGGGGGAGGAGAGAUGCUAGGGAUACUACAGAGCCUGAGUCAUCCAUUCCUUUCCUGACAACACGAGAAGAUGACACCAAAUGUCUGUGUUUUGCCAAGUCGGGUGAGCUUUCUGCCUGGUAACAGGUUUAGAACAGGGAGAGAUUCCUGCUAAGCUCUUCAUUGCUCUUGGUAAACAUCGUAGGAUGGGGCAAGAUAAUGCACAACAAACGGAUCUGGAAUUCCGCUUGAUUUUUUAUCUCUGAGUUGGCCCCUAUA